CUUGGAUACCAGGGCUUUGUUUUCUUUACUGACCCAAGCCUUCUCUCUUUUUAGCUUGUAAACUAAAAACCCUAGUCACCAGUCAGGCAACGCUGCUGCUCUGAUUUAAUGGGUACUCUCUCUCUCUCUCUCGCUCUCUCUGAGCCAACAUUCUUUCUUUGCACCUAUUAAUUUCUCAAAUCUCUCCUUUUUUUUCUUAUAUUCUGAUCUGCUAGCUUCUUUAGGGGCUUACAAGUACGUUUCUGAGCUAUGGAGGAAGAAACAAUCAGAUGUGAUGAGGUUUUUGCAAAGGGUUAGGUGUUGGGAGUACCGCCAGCAUCCUUCAAUUGUUCGUGUCACGCACCCCACACGCCCUGACAAGGCUCGCCGCUUGGGCUAUAAGGCCAAGCAGGGAUAUGUUGUUUAUCGUGUACGUGUUAGGCGAGGUGGUAGGAAGAGGCCUGUUCCCAAGGGUAUCGUAUAUGGUAAGCCCACAAACCAGGGUGUUACUCAACUCAAGUUUCAACGUAGCAAGAGGUCUGUGGCAGAGGAGCGUGCUGGCAGGAAAUUGGGGGGCCUCAGGGUUCUCAAUUCAUACUGGAUUAAUGAGGACUCAACUUACAAGUACUUUGAGGUAAUCUUGGUUGAUGUUGCCCACAAUGCAAUCCGGAAUGACCCAAGAAUCAACUGGCUCUGCAACCCUGUGCACAAGCAUAGGGAGCUCCGUGGCCUUACCUCCGCUGGGAAGAAAUACAGGGGUCUACGUGGCAGGGGACACUUGCACCACAAAGCUCGACCUUCUCGGCGGGCAAACUGGAAGAGAAACAAUACCCUCUCCCUUCGUCGAUACCAUUGAGUCCAGUGAUGUGGCUGUUUUGUGUUGUCAAUUAUUGGAUUUUUUGGAGGACAUUGUGGUCAUUGAGUUGAAAAUUUUGGAUAUUGGAAAUCAUGGAACGUGUUCUUCAAUUUGAAUUGGUGCAUUAGAAGUUACAAGCUGUGUUGUAUAUUCAAGUCGUGUUUAUGUAUGGUGUGUUUCUGUUC